AUGAACGAUUACUACCAGAACCAGCUGGCCCAGGCCGCUGCUGCACAGCAGCGCCGGCAGCACCCCGGCCGGCCCGCCAACAUGAUGAUGCCGCCCAGCGUGAACACAGGAGGCCAAGCAAGCCGCGGCUCGCCCACCAUGCCGCAGCCCAUGAUGCCCAACAUGUCACCCGACACGGCCAUGAUGGGCGGUGACUCGCUCGACGAGAUCAUCAACCAGAACAUCGCUACUAGGAGGAGACGGAGCGUGCCGCAUCCAUUCUCGCCCAACCAGCCCACCCCCCAUGACGAACCGGACAGGAGGAUGUCCAUGAAUAUGGAAUUUGGGAGCAGCAAUGACCAUUACAGAGGCUUCCAGUUCGACAGCCCACUGACCACCGCAGCUCCGCCCUCCUCAAUGGCAGACGGUCUUCCUUCGUACGGCAAUAUGCCCAACAUGACCUCGUCCAUCACCAUUCCCCCUCAUACUGGCAACUUUGAGUUCUCGGCCAUGUCGCCGGACGUCAUGAACAAUAUGAUGGGCUUCUCCAACCUCAGCAUGGGGCAGAUGCAGUCAGACCCGAGCGGCAUGGGCCUCUUCAGCAACCCAAACAUGAGCCCCCAAUUCGGAAACACCGGCAUGGAGCCAGUUUCGCCCGACUUUGCGAUGGAAAUGAACCCAGAGAACCCCUUGAACGUCGCCACGGCCAAUGCAUCGGGGGCGGCCCUGGCAGACGAUGGUGAUGACGAGUUGAUGGUCGGAAACAACCAUUUUGGGAGCAACAGCUCAGGCACCCCUCAGGCCGCUCAGGGGACCGGCGGGGCCAUGCCAGCCUACAAUAUGGCCCCGGCGCUGUCACGAGAGGUGUCCAGCGCAACUUCCUUCAACCAGUCACCUGUCUCACCGGACCUUAGCACAGCCAGGGGCAGUAUCGUGCCAGAGACCCCCAUACCGCCUCAGGCUGAAUCAGGAGUCGCAACACCGGGGAGUGCCGAGGUCAAGUCAGAAUCAAAGAACAUAUACUCCAAGAGUGGCUUCGACCUGGUCCGAGCCUUGUAUUAUAUCGCCACUAGACCGAACCCGGAGAUACAGCUGGGAGCCGUGGACCUGUCCUGUGCAUUUGUUGUCUGCGAUGUUACAAUGAACGAUUGUCCUAUCAUCUAUAUAUCGGAUAACUUUCAAAACCUGACUGGCUACAGUCGUCAUGAUAUCAUGGGCCAGAACUGUCGAUUCCUCCAGGCUCCUGAUGGCAAGGUUGAGGCUGGCACGAAAAGAGAAUUCGUCGCAAAUGAUGCCGUUCUCAACCUAAAACAGAAGAUACAAGAGGGUAAGGAGGUCCAACAGAGCUUGAUCAACUACCGCAAAGGUGGUAAGCCCUUCCUCAACCUGCUCACAAUGAUUCCUAUCCCCUGGGACACCAAAGAAAUUCGAUACUUCAUCGGGUUCCAGAUUGACUUGGUCGAGUGCCCCGAUGCCAUCGCCGGUCAGGAGCUGGGCAAGGUUGCGGUCAACUACAAGCACAGCGAUAUUGGGCAGUAUAUCUGGAACCCUCCCGAGGGCGAUCGAGUCGAGCCGGACGCUGGUCAAACACUCUCUGCCGACGACGUGUCGACACUUCUCCAGCAACUGAAACCCGGAGGAACCAACCUGGGCGACUGGCACAAGCAAUCUUGGGAUAAGAUGCUCCUGGAGAACGCUGAUGAUGUCGUACACGUCUUGUCGCUCAAGGGGCUGUUCAUGUACCUGUCACCAUCGUGUAAGAGGGUCCUGGAGUACGACACCAAGGAACUCAUCGGCAAUCAGCUGUCCUCGAUCUGUCACCCAUCCGACAUCGUACCUGUCACCCGGGAGCUUAAGGAUACGGCCGUGGGCAAUCACGUCAACAUCGUCUUUCGAAUACGGAGGAAAGAGAGUGGCUACACUUGGUUCGAGAGCCACGGAUCCCUUUUUGUGGAGCAAGGCAAAGGCAAGAAAUGCAUCAUCCUGGUGGGACGAAAACGACCUGUCUUCGCGCUCAGCAGGAGUAACAUCGAGAACAACGGCGGCAUCGGCGACGGUGAGCUCUGGUCGAAACUUUCGACCUCCGGGAUGUACUUGUUUGUGUCGUCCAACUGUCGAUCAUUACUGGACUUGCAGCCGCACGACCUUGUUGGAACCAGCAUCCAAGAUCAGAUGCGAAAGGAGACAAGGCCUGAAUUCGGCCGGUCAAUAGAAAAGGCCCGAAAAGGGAAAAUCGUCAAGUGCAAACAUGAGAUCCAAAACAAGAGAGGUCAAAUACUGCAAGCCCAAACUAUCCUGUACCCCGGAGAUGCGGCCGAGGGGCAAAAGCCGACCUUCCUUCUGGCCCAGACGAAGCUUCUGAAGGCGUCAAGCAGGGCCCUGGCACCCGCCUCGUCCGCGGGCAAAGCCCCAUCUCUCAUCAGCGCCGGGCCGCCCGAGGACGCCCUCCAGCCAUCACACGGCUCCCUCGCCUCGCCCAAUCGAGCACGGUCCGCAUCUGGGGCAGACCAGGGUAUUAUUUCUCAAGCCCAAGGCGGUGGCUUGGUUCUCGGUAACCAGGAUGCCGCUCUUGCCAGUGAUGACAACAUCUUUGACGAGCUCAAGACGACUCGUUGCUCCUCGUGGCAAUAUGAGCUCCGCCAGAUGGAGAAGGUCAACAGGCUGCUAGCAGAGGAGCUGGGCCAGCUGUUAAGUAACAAGAAGAAGAGGAAGCGGAGGAAAGGCGUGGGAAACGUGGUCCGGGACUGCGCGAAUUGCCACACCCGAAACACCCCCGAGUGGCGCAGAGGGCCAAGUGGGCAGCGAGACUUGUGCAACAGCUGUGGUCUGCGAUACGCCAAGCAGACCGGCAGAGUCUCGCCUCGCAAUUCGUCCCGGGGCGGCAACGGCGAUUCACUCUCCAAGAAGUCCAGCUCACCAAAACAAUCUUCUCCUCUUCAUCGUGAGGUCUCCAACACCGUGGAUACCGUGACUAGCUCUCGGCCUACCCAGGGAGGUGCUGUGGAAAGUACCGGCAACGGCAGCAAGGCGACUCGGUCGCCCACCUCGGCAAGCGCACAGAAUACUACCGCCACCAACGCCAAUUCUGCAAGCAACAGCAGCUCAACCGGGGGAAGUGCGACAGCGAUGAAAGUAAUGAUGCCGCCUCCUAGCCAGCCUCUUCUCGAAGGCGGCGCCGGCGUGCACGGACAUAGCAUGAGCAUGACGAGCAUUGCCGAGGAGAAGGACUGA